CGGUUGCGCAGUUUGCUUCCUGGACUUGAAUGUAUUUACAACUUCGGAAUCGGUUCCCGCUUGUCUUGUCAACAGCAGCUAAUCUUUCAAAAACAAUCGUCCCAAAAGCGUUUUCUAUGAAGCGGGGUGACAAUGAUUAAGACCGAGAAGGUGUUGCAUUUGAAGAGUUCCCGAGGACGGAAGGUCCGCGUGGUUCGGGAACAUUAUUUGAGAGAACAUGUUCCCUGCUACAGCUCUCUCUGUCAGGCACAAUGCGCCAACGAAGGCAAGGUGCUGUCUGGAGAGGUAACUCACUAUGUGAUGCCUGAUGCAGGCGUGGCGAGAGACUUUAUGGAGAUUCUGGAGUUUAGAGAGAUCCAGGGGAUAGUGUUCACACAGACUGCCUGCCAGGCUGUCCAACACAGCAGAGGACGCAGGCAGUACAACCGGCUACGCAGCUUGCUGAAGGACCCCCGUCAUCACUGUAUCCUGUUUGCCAACGAGUUCCAGGAGUAUUCCUACUGCCCCAGAGAAAAGGGAGAGCCGCAGGACAAAUGGCAGACCAGGUGUGUGUACCAUGCUGCGGUGUGGUACCAUGACCACCUGGCAGGUCUGAAGCCAGUAGUGAUGAUCACUGAAGACCAGACCGCUGUGGCAGAGUACAGCAGCCUCAACUGUGGUGUCUAUGUCCUCUGUACACAGGAGUACCUGCAGACGUUCUGGCCGGAGCUGCAGGCUGCCCUGGAGCUGUACUGCUCCAUCGCUCAGUCCCUGCAGGAGAAAGGGAGCGAGGGGACGGAGAGAGAGUACACUGAACACCUGCCUGCCGAGGUCCUGGAGGCUGGCAUUAAGUCUGGCCGAUACAUACAGGGGACUCUGAAUGUGAACAAACACAGGGCCCAGCAUGAAGCCUUUGUCCGCUUUGAGGGCUCCUCUAACAAGAGCUCAGAGCUCACUGUGCAUCCUCUCCCAGAGCUGAACAGUGAUGUGCUGGUGUGUGGGGGGAAGAAUCGUAACCGGGCGGUGCACGGUGAUAUGGUUGCCGUGGAGCUGUUGCCGAAGGGGGAGUGGAGGGGGAGAACCACGGCCCUGACGGAGGGACAGGGGGAGGAGAAGGGAGACGAGACACAGAGCCAACCCAUGGCCACAGGUCGUGUGGUGGGGAUCCUUCAGAGGAACUGGAGGGACUAUGUCGUGACAUUUCCCCCCAAGGAGGAGACCCAAUCACAGAGCAGGAACUCCCAGCGAAUCCUGGCCACGCCCUGGGACCAACGCAUCCCCAAGAUCCGAAUCAGCACCCAACAGGCUGACAAACUACAGGAUCACCGUGUGAUAGUGCGUCUGGACUCGUGGGACAGCACCUCCCUCUACCCUAACGGACACAGUGUCAGGGUGCUGGGCCGGGCUGGGGAGCUGGAGACUGAGGUCCAAACCAUCCUCAUAGAGAACUGUAUCCACGUACCUCCUUUCUCUGAGGCGCAGCUUGGUGAGAUGCCUGUGUCCUCCCCUGAAAGCCCCUGGUCAGUAGACCCUGCUGAGGUGAUUACCAGACGGGAUCUGAGAAAAACCCACCUGGUGUUCAGCAUCGACCCUCGGGGCUGUGAGGACGUAGACGACACCCUGUCUGUACGCAGCCUCCCCCCAGGCCCGGGGGGUCAGAGGUUAGAGCUGGGCGUUCACAUCGCUGACGUCACACACUUUGUUAAAGAGGGGUCGCUGACGGACCUGGAGGCCCGCGCUAGGGCCACCACGUACUACCUGGCCGACCGCAGGUAUGACAUGCUGCCUGCUGUCCUCAGUGCUGACCUCUGCUCUCUGCUGGGAGGAGUGGACAGGUAUGCCAUGAGCGUCAUGUGGGACCUGGAUGCCCAGACCAUGGCGGUGAACAAUGUGUGGUACGGCCGUACACUAAUCCAAUCCUCCUACCAGCUUUACUAUGAACUGGCCCAGGCUCUGCUCAACGGAGAGGAAGCAGAGGUCCCAGAACUAGCCCAUCUACCCCCUGGGGAGAGGGAUGCCAAGCUGGCCCAGCUCACCCAGGCCCUGGAGACCCUCACCCACGUGGCCAGACAGCUGCGUGCCCAGAGGGACAGGGGAGGAGCGUUGGAGCUGGAGGGGGUAGAGGUGAGGGCGCAGCUGGAUGAGGACAGGAACAUCACAGCCCUGGUGCCCAGACAGCCACUGGAGGUCCAUGAGACGGUGGCAGAGUGCAUGAUCUAUGCUAACCACUGGGUGGCCCGGAAGAUCCACGAGAGUUUCCCCCAGCAGGCCUUGCUGCGCCACCACCCGCCCCCACGCCAGGAGUUCUUCAACCAGCUACAGGACAGUGCCCGGGCACGCGGCUUCACUAUAGACACCAGGUCAAACAAGGCCCUGGCUGACUCCCUGGACCGGGCCGUGGACCCCCAGGACCCGUUGGUGAACCGGCUGCUGAGGGUGAUGGCUACCAUGGCCAUGUCGAAUGCCCUCUACUUCUCUACCGGAGCCUGCCCUGUCGAACAGUACUAUCACUAUGGUCUGGCUCUGGACCGAUACACCCACUUCACCUCUCCCAUCCGUCGCUAUGCCGACAUGAUCGUCCACCGCCUGCUCACCGCAGCCAUCGCCAUGGAGAAGGGGGCGGGGCCAGCCAAGGCCAGAGCCAGUAACAAAGAGCUGGAGGAGGUGGCUCAGCAAAUCAACAACAAGAACAGGGCAGCACAACAUGCCCAGAAGGUGUCCACCGAGCUUUUCCAGUGUCUCUACUUCAGAGACAAAGACCCAGAGACAGACGAGCGCUGUGUGGCCGACGCAGUCAUCUACACCAUCAGAGCCAACGGCAUGCUGGUCUUCAUACCACGGUAUGGCCUGAAGGGGGCAGUGUACCUGAAGAACAGAGAGGGCCAGGUGGUGAGUGAGAGACAGGAUGGAGGAUGUGACUGGCAGACUGGUUCUCUACAGAGAUACCUGGACCACAUCACUACCACUACUGCUGCUGGCACCUCCACCUUCAACCUGUUCCAACACAUCACCGUGCGUAUCUCAGUACAACCAUCACGUUGUCACUCAGACACAAUCCGUCUGGAAGUGGUCAGCAACAGGCCCCACCAGGCCCCCGAGACUCAGGCCCAGCCCCAGGGGGCUAGGGGCCGGUCCCAGCUGGUCCAGGAGGUGGUUCGGCAGGCAGAGGAGGCCUCUCAGCAGGCGGAGGAGAAGAGGGGCCGGGCCCCCAAACUGUCCAAGGAGGAGAGAGAGUUCAGACAGAGUAAAUGUCCCAACCUCUACUCUCUCCUGGAGGAGGUCAGGGAGCUGGCUUUGCUGGACCUGGCUGCCUGUGGAGCAGGAGGUGGUCUGGGAGCAGCCGCUCAGGCUUGUGCUACGUCAGCAUAGAUGAGGUGGUGGUGGAGGAACAGGUCUGGGAACAGCUGCUUUGGUCUGCAGUACAUCAGCAUAGAACUACAUAAAACUUUAACACUGAUUCUGGGUCAGAUUAUUGUGGAGGAGGGGUGCGGUUGAAGAGUAAGGAGGUGCAGAAGGCAGAGUAACCGGUCAACAUCAGCAUCAAACUUUAACACUGACUCAGGAUCAGAUUGUGGUGCUUUUCAUGGACUUCACCAGCAUGCAGACAGACCCUCUGGACUGACUAUCUUACUGUACAUCCUGGGUGUUAUCACCUUGGUUACUGAACUCUACUUAGGCACAUCUUUAGUCUUAUUUGGAAAAUGAACAGAUGAUUGAAGUUGUGAGAUGAGACGGAUGCAUGUAAUAUUAUAUACAUACUGAUUCAGGAACAGCUCUCAACAGGACAGUUACCAUAGAAACAUCUGAAACAAGCAGCAGCUCUGGUCUUAACUCAACAGGACAGUUACCAUAGAAACAACACCUGGAACAAACAGCAGCUCUGGUCUUAACAGGAUAGUUACCAUAGAAACAUCUGGAACAAGCAGCAGCUCUGGUCUUAACAGGAUAGUUACCAUAGAAACAACACCUGGAACAAGCAGCAGCUCUGGUCUUAACUCAACACCAGGAACAAACAGCAGCUCUGGUCUUAACAGGAUAGUUACCAUAGAAACAUCUGGAACAAACAGCAGCUCUGGUCUUCACAGGAUAGUUACCAUAGAAACAUCUGGAACAAGCAGCAGCUCUGGUCUUAACAGGAUAGUUACCAUAGAAACAUCUGGAACAAACAGCAGCUCUGGUCUUCACAGGAUAGUUACCAUAGAAACAUCUGGAACAAGCAGCAGCUCUGGUCUUAACAGGAUAGUUACCAUAGAAACAACACCUGGAACAAGCAGCUACAGUUUUUACCAAACAUUUGUGAUGUUCUGUAUUUGAUUGAACACAUUAGGGAGAUGUAGAAUAGUUUUUUCACUGAACUCUAUACUGACGCCUGACACAAUGCCAUUGUACAGCCUGGUCUUGUAUUUUAACCUAAAUAUAUUUUUGGAAUAUUUUUGGCAGUUGGUAUCUUGUGAAAAGCUAUUCCAUUGUAUAAUGUUUUAAAUGAAUUAAAGUGCAUUACCAAACCUGA